CCGAGUCCGAUGUAGAACCCACGAUUGGCUCUCCACCACCCCUCGCAGUGUGACCUUGAACAAGAACUCUGACCGCCGAUAGCAGUCUGCGUCUGCCAAUCUGGAGUGUCCAACUCGUCGUAAUGUGGUAGGGAGCCACCGUUAGUCCCAGCCCUGUGCUGACGCGUCCCUUAGUGCGUAUGUCUAGUAUCAACCAACGCCGAGCGCUUCUCCUAUCUGGUCCUGCGCCGGUGCCUAACUGAGAUGGCUAUAAAUCGACAAAGGUCCCACCGAUAAGAGUCGGCCUCAUCGCCAUUUUUGACACCACCCUCAACAACAGGCACCAUGGGUGUCAGACCACUUUUGCUAUCGACCCUCCUGUGGGCCGCUAGCACCACCGCCGUGACAGAGUCGACGCCAUAUGCAAACCACAUAUUCAACUCGAUCCAUUCCUCCAUGCGGCAAUGGGGAUCCUCUUUGCAACACAACGGCAUGUCCUUCUUCCUGGCGACCGUCCCCGCCGGCACCCAGUUCUACCAUGGCACGUCGAUCGCUGAGGCCGUGAACGGCACGGAAUGGCUCGCCUUCGAGCCGGAACAUGCCAUGGUCUUCGCGAGACCCCACCAUCCUCCUCCGUCUACCGGAAGCGAGGAUGACAAGAAAGAUCUGCGAAGACGCGACCUGGAAACCGAAGGAGAGGAACUGGAAGCAGGCUGGCUACACACUUAUAACGCUGCCAAGGAUCUGCGGUUGCUGUACGUCGAUGGCAUGGCAGCUGGCAAGACCUCCAACGGAACCCUUGACCUGGAGGAUAGAAUCUUGUUCCGGGAUUCUCUACCGGACGGGGCGAUGAUGGGGGAACGCGAAAGGGCUAACAUGUUCUGCCGCAUGGCGCGCGAGGAAUGGGACGAUCGUCUGGACGGUUUGCUCCGCAUGGAGGCAGGGUUUGAGGUGAUCCUAUGCGACUUUGCUCGAGAUCUCCACGAAGUCCGUGUUACCCAGACCAAACCGAGCACUCCCUUUGCGGGUCCAGGAGGAGGAAAGAAAAAAGGCGGCGGUCCGGGAGACGGAGGACUGUGGUUCAAGGCAAUCGCUGCACGCUAUGAUGGAAUCGGAGGCAACCGGGUUAUCUUAAAUUAUGACAAUUUCGUGUCUGCGUAUACCUAUGGACUGGAUCUGUUCCACUCAGCCAACGAGACUUUCACGUUGCCGCGGUUGAAACAGUUUUCUGCCCAGGAGCUGGACCCGAUCAAGGAGGGACUGAGUGAGCUCGUCCUGAAGCAUGAGGCCAAGGAGGCUUUGUUCAACUGGCAGACCAUCACGGACAUGGUGGUGGAGAGAUACGCGCGCGAGAUCCGCUAUCUCGCGUCCGGCCAGGCGUCGACAGUGGAGCAGCUCCACGCGGAGAUUGACCUGGCCCUGGGGCCGUUCAUCGACUACGGGGAUCGUGAUGGACAACAAGAGGUGGAUCGCUGCUCGAUGCAAUUCAUUCCUGGAGGGCAUCUGGGCGAUGGUAUCGCUGCGACGGCAGUACACUCGGUUACUCGUAGCAUUUGCUCGACGAUGGUGGAGGCCUGGCAAGAGACGGACUACAAGACGGCCAUCGGACUCUUCCAGGACCUGAUGGAGUACCUAUCCUGGACGACCUGGAAGCAAUGCAGUGGAUGCGGUGACCACGAGAUUUGUGUGGUGCCGAUUUGGCCGAUGGGCACCGUAGAAGACUAUAACAAACCACAAUGUCGUGAUGCAUCGCAUCCCAGCAGCGAAGGCCAGCGUUAUUGGGGCGGGGGUCCCGGUGGCCCCGGUGGUCCCGGUGGUCCCGGUGGUCCGCGUCCCCCGUCGUCUUCCUUGUCGUCCGGCUGGAUUCAGGGACUCAUCUCGUUCCUGCGGUCGUUCUUCGGUGCCGCCCUGGGAAUGCAUUUCUAAGACCUAUCUAAGUGGAUGAGCGUAUUCGAAUUGACUUGUUUUCGGGCACAGUAUACUCCGCUCAGGGGCGAAUGGAUCCUUAGCGAAUGAAAGCGAACAGAAAGCGAAAGAAGAAAGGAGAGGAAAAAGCAACGGUGUCGAAGUGCCCGGUUUAGAGGCUCGGGGAGGAGGGGUUUAAAGUGGCCGAGGCCGUCUUUGCCCGUGCUGGUCGUGCUGCUUAUCCGCGCCACUUCGAUAGUGUCUGCAGGCCUGCAUCCAGCACCGCGCCGAUCAGCUGGGCCUAGACAAAGAACACUUCUGUCAUCUCGCACAUCCUGUUUUUUGGUGCUU